AUGGCCAGAUCGACAGGCCGCGAAGCGCUGAACCACGCUAUUGCUGCUGCCGAUUUGUACAUGAAGGCUGCAAAGGAGACAACUUCGCAGGCUGACCGCGGCCGCUUCAGGAAAAGCUGUGAGAGGCUCAUCGCCCAUGCUGAGAAACUAAAAUACAGCCCGGUCGCUAUAGCUUCUGACAGCCUGAGCGGGACCGGCUCUUCCUUGGCUGGUAGUUCUCGCUGCCAGACCGACCCUGCCGACGACGUGUUCAGCCCAUCUCAGGGUAUUCAAAUCUUCACUGAGGACGUUGACCUCGAAGGCAAGUGGGAAGAAAUCAAGGAAGAGUACCAUGCCAGCAACCUUAUUAUCACGCUUGGUACCGGCCGCUUGACUCCUUCUGAGGAGGAUGCUCUCGGUCUCGUAGGCGAGCAUGAUUACGCCGUGCUCGACAUUGACAAUUCACUAUCAGCCCGUCGUCUUCUGGUCAAGAACCCUUGGUGUGACGGGCUCGUAUGGAAAGGAGUGGGUUCUUUUGGGCUGGCUGAGGCAACGGCGAGCCUGUCAUUGUCCAAGGCACAUGUCUCCGUUGAAACUCAAUCGCCGGAACACUCUCGCCCUGUGGGCUCUUUUUGGAUAUCCGUCGACGAUGUCGCCCAGAACUUCGAGUCCAUGUACCUGAACUGGAAUCCGGACAUGUUCACGCAUCGACAGGACCAUCAUUUCACAUGGCGCGUUCCGUCACAGAACAUGACAUCCUCAUUAGCCUACAAUCCGCAGUACUCUGUGAGAUCUCGAACUAAUGAGACAGUGUGGAUUCUACUGAGUAGACACUUCGCAGAUGAGGAGCUGGAAAUUGCCCGAAAGCGAUCUGCUUCACUAGCUGCCGUAUCUAGGCAGUUGGGUUUCACCAGCAUCUUCAUAUUCGAGAACCAGGGCAAUAAGGUCCAAGUCAGAGAGGGCUAUGCGUAUCAGGGGCCUUACGUUGACUCGCCGCAGACGCUGGCCAAAUUCCAGCUCCGCGCUGGUAAGCCGUACACCAUUGUCAUGGCCCACCAAGACCUGCCACUGGAAAAUUACACCUGCACUUUUACAUUAUUCUCCAGAGCCUCGUUGGAGGUGAAGCCUGCUGAAGAGGAAAUGAGCUACUACAGGGAACUGUCGAGCGCAUGGACUAGGAGGACUGCGGGGGGCAAUGCGUCUUCAAUAACGUACUCGCAAAAUCCCCAGUUCAGCAUAUUCAUUCCUCGAGCAACGCCACUGUCAAUUCUCCUCUCCUCGGCAGAUCGGGAGGUGGCUAUCCAUGUCGACCUAGUCUGGGCACACGGGAAGAGGGUCACUUCCAUCGGCGUCAAGGACGUCGUUGCUAGCUCGGGUGACUACCGAAGAGGGAACGCCCUCGUACAGGUCCCACUAGUAGAUCCGGGCACCUAUACAAUCGUCUGCUCGACCUGGGAACCAGGCCAGCUCGCUGACUUUGGGAUGCGUGUGGGAUCACACGCUGAAUGUCAGGUUCAGCCCAUCCUGAAUGAUGGAGCUGGCCUUCUGCGCAUUCGAACGCCGACCUUCGUCUUCGGUGAAGGGGAGGAGCAAAGGAGAGCGCUGGUGACAGUAUCAAGACUUACCAGAGCGCAGGUUGUCGUACGCUGUCCUAUAUUGACGGGACGCCACAGUCAGCACAUUCCAACGACUGCUGUUCGCGUAUCUCUCGUAUACGGGCGUGGUCCUCAAGAAUCGGUCCUCACGGUGUCCGGAGGUGGCGAGUUUCGGGAGCUCACCAUGGCGGUACGGACACCCGAGUUUGACAUUGAGCCAGACCGGCUCCAGCAUGAUCAACUGUGGAUUGUGAUCGAACAGCUUGGGAGUCGCCAGGGUUUCCACAACAUUGAAGUUGAGUUCCUUAGUGAGAACGUAGUCCAAGUCGGCAACUGGCAAGUCGUGGACGGCCUGAAUUGA